UAUUAUUUACUUAGUCAUGCCUUAAUCUAUAGUACGGAUAAAUAUUCAUGCCUUAAUAUUAUAGUACGGACAGAUAGUACGGUUAGAGCAACAUUGAUUAUCGUUCAACUUACUCGAAACUCCUAAAUCCUGAAUUGGAAGAGAAUACAUAACCCACAAAAAAGGGACUAAACGAAAAUAAUAAUUCCUCGCAGAACAUAAAACCUUAGUUUUCGGUUGUUUGAAUGUGGUAUUAUUAUUUUGGAACACCCCGAUCCGUGGAUCUGUUGGCAAUCUCCAACAUCUACUUUAUCGACGGACACUCAUCGCAUACAGCGGUUGAAGUAGCAGACUUAUGCUUGGAUUUGGGAAUCAUUCUGCUAGCGCUGUACCCCAACACAACACGUAUUACCCAGCCGGCGGAUGUGGCGAUAUUUAAACCAUUAAAAAGUGCAUGGAAGGCAGCAGUUUGUGACUGGCGAAUAAACUACGGUGGAGAUAUAUUGUCCUUGAAAAUUUUUCCGUCUUUACUCCAAAAAGCCAUUGACUCAGGUAUUAAGAAGUCCAGUAUCGUUAAUGGUUUCCGCGUCUGCGGUCUGUAUCCUUUUGGUCCAGAGAACGUCGAUUUCAGUAAAUGCUUGGCUUCUUCUAGUAAAUCACCCUCCGAUACCGCAGAUUUGGAUCAAAUCACAAUGGAUACCAAUGAUCCCUUAUCAGUUCCCGAUGAAGAGUGCAUCGCUUCACGGAAUAAAGUGUUAAUUUCAAUAGAUUCUAUCAAGGAAGCAUUUGAUGACAUAGGUGAAGAACGUCUGCACAGAAUCAAGACUCAACCUGAUUUAACCGAAGAGGAAAAAAUCAUUCGAUCACUGUAUGAAAAGCUACUUGCACCACACGUAGCUGAACGAGGCCAUGACGAUUUGAGUAUUUCUGAUGAUACUGUUAUGUGCACAGAUGAUAAAAUGACAUUCGCUAAUGAAGGAAACACUGACAGUAAUUGCGGUAUUCUUUGUAAGGAUGUGAGAGAUACAGAAACGAUGGAUACAAUGACAGAUUGUUCCAAUGCUAUGCGCGAUGGUAAGGCUGACGAUAUUGCAAGUUUUCUACAGACUCCCGAGACACCAAUACGGAGCAAACAUCAUAGAAAUUACACUCGAAAGUUUUUUCCAAUACUGACAGCAGAAGAGCGCCUUAAUGAAAUCCGGUGUUUGGAACAGGCGAAAGAAGAUGCUAUUAAGAAAAAGAACGAAAAAACAGAACAAAAAAAGAAAAAUAAGAAGCACGCUGAUGAUAUGAAGCUACAGAAAGCUGCGGAAAGAGAGACAGUUAAAAAACAUAAAGAGGAAUUGCGCGAGCAGAAACACCUUGAAAUAUUGCAGAGGAAAAAAGAACGUGAAUUAAAUAGACUGUUCAAGCAUUUGAAAGCCGAUGGUAUGAGAAGAGAUAAAUUGGAGCUUCUUCAAGCGUUGAAGCUCUCAAAGCGUUGAUAUUAUUAUUGGAAAUGUUUAUUAAAUAUGCUUUUUUGUUAUGUGCAAUAAAAUGAAAAUAAUUUGGAAAAAAAUUAUGUGUGAAAUCUAUUCUUCAUUAAGAUAAAUGAUAGAUUCUAUAGGUUUAACUGCCAAUAAGGUACAUCACAAGUUUGAUUCGCAUUCAGUCAAGGGUUUUUGAGCCUUUGCAUAAAAUUCAUAAAGGUAUAAGUAGUGGUAGGGUAUUCGUUGUCUCGAAAUAAGAUGUAGUAAAAGUAGGGCGUGGGGGACGUGUUUUAGUUUCACCUUACGUAUCAGAAUAUGAAGUUUAACUCAUUACCCUAGAUUAUGGAAGGAACACAUAGGGUGCAUUGUAAUGCAAUAAUGAAGACGAAAAAAACAAUCUCACUCAUUCACAGAAACACUACUCUAAGAAAAAAAUCCACUAUUACUAGAACAUGUUCCACUAUUAUAGGAAUAUUGGCUCUAUUAUUAGAACGUGACACUAAUUCCGAAUAUCUAAUUUUUUCAUAAGAUUUGUUAAAAAAAUGUCAACAUUCUAAUGGCAUUUGAAAAUUUAUUCACUUUUACAUCAUACACAUACAAAUCCU